ACGGGGCGCUGCCGCCGGGCGUCGGUCCCCUUGUCCUCCCGGGCUCGGGCUGGGUUCGCCCGCCGGGAUCGGCGGGUCUGCGGUCCGCGCGAGCGUCCGUCCAGGGCGUCCGGGCCGCGGCUCGGGGAAGAGCGGUGGGAGCGCGGUGCGCCGGGCGCCGCUGCCCGCAUGGCGGCCAUCCAGGCGCUGCAGCAGUGGUGCCGGCAACAGUGUGAGGGCUACCGGGACGUGAGCAUCACCAACAUGACCACGUCGUUCCGCGACGGCCUGGCCUUCUGCGCUAUCCUGCACCGCCACCGGCCCGACCUCAUAAACUUCGAUGCUCUCAGGAAGGAAAACAUUUACGAGAACAACAAGCUGGCCUUCCGCGUGGCCGAGGAGCAGUUGGGCAUCCCGGCCCUCCUGGACGCCGAGGACAUGGUGGCCCUGAAGGUGCCUGACCGGCUGAGCAUCCUGACCUACGUGUCUCAGUACUAUAACUACUUCCAUGGACGCUCCCCCAUUGGGGGCAUGGCCGGCGUGAAGAGGCCCCCGUCGGGCUCUGAUGAGGAACCGUCUGGGAAGAAGGCCCCGACCCAGCCCGCCAGGCCCUCACCCACCCCAGCCUGGGGGCAGCCGCUGUCUCCAGUCCGCACAAACCCCAUCGUCCAGCAGAAGGAUAGGGGCGCAGAGGGGGCCCCCCUGAAGGCUGGCCAGGCCUCGGCGGGCAGCUCCGUCAGCAGCAUCUGUGGGGUCUGUGGCAAGUACGUGCACCUUGUGCAGCGACACCUGGCUGACGGGAAGCUCUACCAUCGGAGCUGCUUCAGGUGUCAGCAGUGCUCCAACACGCUGCACUCGGGGACCUACAGGACCACGGGAGAGCCGGGCGUAUUCGUCUGCUCCAGCCACCACCCCAAAGCCCCCUCGGCAAGCCCCAAGUUGCCGGGCCUGGCCCCCAGAGAGACAGGGGCCACCCCCGUGGUCUCCAAGCCCCCAAGCACUCCACGGAAGGCCCAGGAGGCCAGUGGGCAGAGAGAUGUGGGGCCCAAGGCCAGGCCGCUGGCCUGGGAGCCUGUGGUGGGCAACUCAACUGCCAAAGGUUUCACUCCAGCUGCCGCUGACCGUCCAGCCACCACCUCCUCGCCCGUCCACAUGGGGAGCCCAGCUGGGCCCCGGCUCUCGGUGGGCCCGGUGGGAGGCAAAGCCAGCACGCGUGUGACCAACAGCUCCCCGACAGGGUGGUCAUCGUCGGCACGGGACACGGUGGCAGUUAGCCCCCGUCCUGCCCCAACCCUGAGUACCCCAGACCCUCGCCCGGCCACACCAGAAGGCCGGGCAGCCCCCCGAGCGGCAGCCCCCCAGACCAAGCUCGGGUCAAGCCCAGCAUCCCUGGGCCCAGCGGACUCCCCGGCCUGGACCCUGUCGGCCUCCAGGACGCAGCAGGCCCGGGAGAGGUUCUUCCAGACGCCAGGAGCCGCGCCCGGCACUGGCCCGGCUGGCAGGGCCACGGCUCCCGCGGAUACGCCGUCGCCAUCUGGGGCUAGCAGCAAGGAGCAGGCGCGGAGCUUCCUCCGGAAGACCUUGCCAGGGCUCGGGGAGGCUGGCGCCCAGGCGCCUGGCAGGCCCUCCCCAGCCACCUCCCCUGCUCCGAAUUCCCAUCCCAGAACUGAAGGGCCACAAGCAAGUCCAUCUGCCAAGCUGUCACAGUCGGCAUCUCCUCAGGCCCGCCCCCCUUUGAAGACUGAGCCGCCAGCCCCCCUGAGUGUGGGCACCACCUCUCAGGCAUCCACGCCACCCCAGGCAGGCAGGAAGAGCUCGGCCGUAUCCUCAGGGGUUGGCAGGGUGGGUGCUGGCUCCAGCCUGAAGCUGGAGGCCCCACCGGCAAAGGGCCCGAGGGCCAGCCCCCAGGAAGGCCAGGAGGAUGGGCCGACAGGAUGGAGGGCCCGCCUGAAGCCCGUGGAGAAGAAAAGCCCCGCUGAGAGGGGCCUGGAGCUGAAGGAGCCUCGGGUCCCAGGAGAGCCGAAGGCAGGCGAUGCCCCCUGGAAAGUGUCUGGGAGCUCUGAUGGGGGCAUCCGCAUCACCCUGACCCCUGUGCGGCCUGACAGGACACUGAGCCCGGCCAGACCCGGGCCUGAUCUCUCAGCCGCGUCCCCCUCCCUGUCCCCGCCUCGCCGCAGGAAGCUGGCCGUCCCUGCCAGCCUGGAUGUUUCUGACAACUGGCUUCGGCCGGAGCCCUCGGGACAGAAAGCCCCAGCCCAGAGCUGGAAGGAAGAGGAGGAGAAUCCCCGUCCUCACAGCAAACCAGGGAGGCCCCCAGGCCCGGCUGGUGUCCCCACUCCACUUGGCAAGGCGGUGACCUCCCCCAUCAGGCUGCACCCUGACUACGUGCCCCCGGAGGAGAUCCAGAGGCAGGUGCAGGACAUCGAGCGGCAGCUGGACGCCCUGGAGCUCAGGGGCGUGGAACUGGAGAAGCGCCUGCGUGCGGCCGAGGGGGACGCCUCGGAGGACGCGCUCAUGGUGGACUGGUUCCGGCUCAUCCACGAGAAGCAGCUGCUGCUGAGGCUGGAGUCGGAGCUGAUGUACAAGGCCAGGGAGCAGCGCCUGGAGGAGCAGCAGCUGGACAUCGAGGGGGAGCUGCGCCGGCUGAUGGCCAAGCCCGAGGGUCUGAAAUCACCCCAGGACCGGCAACGGGAACAGGAGCUGCUGAACCAGUAUGUGAACACGGUGAAUGACCGCAGCGACAUCAUCGACUCCCUGGAUGAGGACCGGCUCAGAGAGCGGGAGGAGGACGAGGUGCUCCAGAACAUGAUCCAGAAACUGGACCUCCAGAGAAGCGGCGGGGACCAGAGGAAGAAGCCCCGGUUCCGCUUGUCCAGCAUCUGGUCCCCGAAGAGCAGGAGCAAGACCCCCGAGUGAGCCACCUGUCUGGCCUGCAGGACC